AUGCUUGUUCCUCAGCAGGUGUGGCUUUUCUGGUCAUGCCUACUGAAUGUCUCCAGAUCCAUCACCCUGCAGCACUUGGGCCCACAGAGGAAACCCCGGGAGCUUCAGACCUCCCUUACAACAGAUGUCCACCCUGUGCAUGGAAGCGAUAUCUGUGGCCGCCGUCCUCUGGCCUCCAGUCACAGUAGCAACCUGCGGAUCGUGGGUGGCAUCGAUACGCUCCCAGGAACGUGGCCUUGGAUUGUCAGCAUCCAGAUACCCACCAUGACUGGCUUCAGGCACACCUGUGGAGGGUCUCUCAUCAGCCCUCGCUGGGUCAUCACAGCAGCCCACUGCUUCCUCAACAAAAGAUACCUAGAACACUGGAAGCUGGUUUUUGGUGCCGCUCAGCUUUCUCGGCCUGGUCCGGAUGUCCAGGAACGCACCAUCAAGAACCUGGUGGAGCAUCAGCAUUACAGAAGUUCCACCUACUUCAACGACGUGGCCUUGAUGGAGCUAAGCCACCCAAUCAACUGCAGUGACUACAUCCAACCUGCCUGCCUGCCGGACAUGAAUGUAGAGAUUUCAUCGCUGACCCGCUGCUACGUCAGCGGGUGGGGAGUGACCGAUGUCUCAAAGCCAAAGGUGACCUCGGAUAUCCUUCAAGAAGCCAAAGUAAACCUCAUCCCCAUAACCACAUGUAACAGCACUGCCUGGUACGACAAGAAAAUCCAUUACAACAAUCUCUGUGCUGGGCACGAGGAAGGAGGCAUCGACACUUGCCAGGGUGACAGUGGCGGUCCCCUGAUGUGUCGGGAGCACAGGUCCGAGCGUUUUUGGCUUGUCGGUGUCACCAGCUGGGGGGCCGGCUGUGCCAGGGCCAUGAGGCCAGGCAUCUAUUCCUCCAUGCAACAUUUCCUGAAAUGGGUCAAAGACGUGACCAAGGAGAACUUCUCCAAGGCUCCUCGCCCACCCAAAACAAGACCCCCGACAAAGCCGCUCAAUCAGCUGUGGCAACCAACCGCCCCCUCGAAUGCGAACCAGCAGCUUGAGAGCUGGGUUCAACCCAGGCCAAAGCCAACCAUGUCUCCUCCAAGGCCACCUUCGGCAAAUGAAAUCCAACAGUUUGAGAACUGGGCUGCAGCUCAGACGAGGCCUAACCCCGUCCCCAUGGGGUUCACAGAAUGGGCAGAACUGGAACCAAGGCUGGGCUCCAGCUUACCGGCCUCCCCUCAGAACCAGGCCCACCGCAAUGCCUUGGCCAGGAUAUGGUGCACAACAGCCUCAGGCGUGGGACAAUGUGGUUACAACCAGGACAAGACCUCCCUAUUAUGGUGGAUACUAUCCAAACUGGAACAUGGCCAGGCCUCCUCUUCGAACCACUGCCCCUCCAGUGUGGCAGACAUGGUCUCGCCCAACGACACCCUUGAGUUACCUCUGGUACUCGAGAUGGAGCAGGUCCCCUAA